AUGGUAUCGACAACCUCCGACGAGGGGAGCUCAUCGCACCCCCCUAUCACUAUCAUCAAGCGUCAGAGGGCUGACGCCCCUCUGGCACAGAACAAGUUCUUGAAGAAGACUGCGCGUGGAAAGGUUCUGCAAUCAAUCCGCCAGACCCUCCACUACUACCCUCAACACCUCUCAAGCUCAUCCCACAACCUCCCGCAACUCGUUCUGCUCACCGAUGACAAGCGGAAUCGAGAGCUUGCUCAGGCUGAGGCGCUUACCGCAGUCUCCGCCCGCGACUACGUUGAUGGUCUCCAGGGCGAGGUCCGUGACAAGCUGGUCGACCUCGUUGUUGGAGGUGUCGACGAGAUGGAGCCGGGAGAGCGCCGAAGCAAGAGGAUUUACGAUGACGAGACAUUGACUGCGGGUGUGAAGAGCGGCCGAUUCCUGCAGGGCUACUUCAACGCGAACCAGUACAACUACCUCGAGGGAACUGUGCGAGUCGCGGGGAUGAGCAAGCAGGUUUUGCUCGUUGGACGGCAAGCCAUGAACCGAUCUGUUGAUGGUGACAUGGUUGUUGUCGAGCUUCUGCCGGAGUCCGAGUGGAAGGCGCCCGGAGAUGAAGUUCUCGACCAGGAUGUCGCUCUCAAGGACGAUGAUGUCGAGGGCGACGACGUCGCGGUAGAGGAGAAGACCGAGAAGCAGGAAGAGAUGGACGUCGAGGAGGUCACCAAGAAGGCCAAGCGCGAGGUUAUGCCCACCGGUCGUGUUGUCGGCGUGACGAAGCGUAACUGGCGUGCUUACGUCUGCCACAUCGACCGCUCGUCCCUGUCCGAGGCUGCCCUCACAUCGCUCUCGCAGCAGACUGUGUUCGCCACGCCCGUCUCACCUGCGCUCCCUCGUAUCCGCCUGCGCACCAGGCAAGCUCCGGCUCUUCUCGACCAGAAGAUCCUUGUCACCAUCGACAACUGGACCGUGAACUCUCGCUACCCCGAUGGCCACUUCGUUCGCGCCCUCGGACAAGUUGGAAGCAAGGAGGCUGAGCAGGAGUCGCUCAUGCUUGAGUACGAGGUGCCGUACCGCCCCUUCGGUAAGGCCAUUCUGAACUGUCUGCCCAAGGAGGGCGACGACUGGAAGGUACCCCCGAAGGCUCCGGAAAACCUCGAGUGGCGCGACCGAGAGGACCUCCGUGACCUGCUCGUUUGCAGUAUCGACCCGCCAGGAUGUCAGGAUAUUGACGAUGCCCUGCACGCUCGCAAACUUCCGAACGGCAACAUCGAGGCUGGUGUGCACAUCGCCGAUGUGUCCCACUUCGUUCACGCCGACAACCCGAUGGACUCCGAGGCUGCUGCCCGUGGAACUACUGUCUACCUGGUUGACAAGCGUAUCGACAUGCUUCCCGCACUUCUUGGAACCAACCUCUGCUCCCUGCGACCAUACGUGGAGCGUCUGGCUUUCUCGGUCAUCUGGGAGCUCACUCCCGAGGGUAAGAUUGUCGACGUCCGCUUCACGAAGUCGCUCACUGACCCUCUCACCGAGUCUAUCCGUCUUCUGAACUCGCUGGCUAUCAAUUUGAAGGCUGCCCGUAUCGCUGCUGGUGCCCUUUCUCUUUCUUCCCCCGAGCUCAAGAUUCACCUUAACUCCACGGAGUCAACAGCUCCCAUCGAUGUCGAGCAGAAGGAGCAGCUUGAGACGAACUCGCUCGUCGAAGAGUUCAUGCUUCUCGCCAACAUCAGUGUUGCCCGACGAAUUCAGGAGGCGUAUCCCGCCACCGCUGUCCUUAGCUCUAAGGCACUCGCUGACUCGCUCGACAAGUGUGUCGACCCCAAGCUGCCCGAGUUCAACACGCUCGUGCGUAUUAUGGCUACGCGCUGCAUGCUCUCGGCCGAGUACUUCGGUGCUGGAAGCGUGUCCAAGGAAGCGUACGGACACUACGGUCUCGCGUCCGACAUCUACACGCACUUCACGUCGCCGAUUCGACGAUACGCCGACGUGCUCGUGCACCGCCAGCUUUCGGCUGCGAUUAACUACACCCCGCUGCACCCCUCGUUGCAGUCGAAGCAGCAUGUCGAGCGCAUGCUCAACGUCGUCAACAAGCGCCACCGCCUCGCGCAGAUGGCCGGACGCGCCUCGGUCGAGUUCUACGUCGGCCUUGCCGUCAAGUCGCGCACGGAGGACUCGGACCAGAAGGCUGUGCGCGAGGAGGCCUUCGUCAUUCGCACGUUCAGGAAUGGUCUCUCUGUCUUCGUCUCCAAGCUGGGUCUCGAGGGCCUCAUCACGUUCCAGAAGGACACACACGACUUCGACCCCGAGAACUACUGCAUCAACGUGCCCAAACCCGGCGGCGGCACUGCGACGAUCGCCGUCUUCGACCGCGUCACUGUCGACAUCUCGAUUGAGAAGGACCAGAACACCCAAAGGCACAAGGUGAAGAUGGUGCUUGUUGACCCCGUGUCGUCUGAGGGACUGUAG